AGGAACAAACAGCGUUUUGUUCAGACAACAAUAAACAAACUAACAAUCAAAUAAAAGAUCACAAGUUAGAAUUAUUUUCAACUCCUCAUAAACCGAUCCUUACACCAUAUAAGUUUAGUAUUAUAUCGUCUAAAGUUAUUCCUGGGUUUAAAUCCCUUAAAAGUACUCUUAAUAUAAGAUAUCCUGAGAUAGUAAAUGAGAUCGAAAUUUAUGAGAAAGAACAAAAAAAGACUAACCAGCUUGGGAACAACUCUUACAGUAUGGUUACGAAAAACUUUAUCAUCAUCCACUCCAGAGGAGUUAUAUGAAUGCCUUAUGCAGAAAUUGCAAGAUGAAAACAUCACAGACCGAGACAAGAAAUUACAUGAAAUAUUUGAGUUAACAUUAAGGGAAUUUUACUUAAUGAUUAAAUAUAAUCCAAAACAUGCUCUCAUAAGACACAAUUCAGAGAGAAAAUUUUUUGUCGAAAGGGUGUCAACACCAUUUAAACUUGUUGAAUAUGUGUUUGGAACCAUUAUAACGUAUUGGAUUGAAAAAGAAAUAAUGUCGACAAAGGCAACGGAGUUCGUAGAUGAUCCAAUUGGUGAUCCAGUUUCGAAGAAGGCUGAUGCACUGGCCACAGAUCUUACAUAUAAUUUAGACGUUAUGAAUAUGGAAUCAUCAGGAGGUCCCUUUCAACAAGACAGAAAACAUACUCUCGAGGAUUCAGAAAAGAUCUCCAAAACAUUCUCCUCACGAGUCUCCGAAAGUAUCUUUGUGCUAGUGUUGAAACCGCCAAAAAACUUAAAACAUACAAUAUUCAAAUCGUUGAAGAUCGAAUUACACUAAUGGAAGUAUUCCUUUACAAGCCACGGAUCUGCAAAGAGAUUGAAGUCAGAAGUGCCGUCUUUCCAUUUGCUUUAUCUUCCAUAGGAGAAUAUAUGCGUAUUUUUGAGCUUAUAUCAUACUAUGUGGUAUGUUAUUCUGUUUUAUAAUACACAAUCCUAUCAAAAUAAGUUAUUAAUUUUGUGCAUAUCUAGGAUGGAUUGCUCAAGCGCCAAGAGGUUAUACGGGAGUUGUCUAAAGAAAGUAAUGGAGUAAAGGAGGUAACUUCAGAAAUAUUUUCGGAUUGGUGG